AUGUCUACAACUAUUACAUCCCGAUACAAAGGGAUAACCUUAGAAGAAUGGGAAGCAAAAACACAACUUACAGAAAUACAAAGACAGGGUGUACUAGAAUUACAAGAUGCUUGUGCAGAAUUACCUCUUCCUGAAGGAUUUUUAAGUGAUCUUGGGCCGGGAACCCCACAACGUACAGCAUCACCUACACCAUCUGUCAAAGAUAAUCAUAAACAAACACCUUAUUCUCGUUUAAGUUCUUCACCUUUACCCAUUCCCAAAUCACGGUCUACUACAAACCUUUUAGCAGCUGAAUUCCAAGCAGCUGAAGCUGCAGCCGCAUCAACACCUGAUGCGUCACUUGGUAUACCUCAACCAAUCGAAACUACGCAACAAUUUUUUGAUUGGUUUGCUAGAAUGGAAGCUGAUAUGGAAAAAGAUCAAGAAGAUGUAUAUAGAAAUUUUUUAGCAGUAGUCACAAUGUAUAGAGAGGCCUGCGAUAAAUUUUUGGAACAAAUUGACACUACUGUAAAAUUAUUUAAUGAUUUAGAUGAUAAUUUUAAGUUUGUUGAGGAAAGAACAAAAGCUUUGCAGACUGCCUCAGAUUCAAUAUCCGCUAAGCUUUCAUAUUACAAUGAAUUGGAGACUAUUACAAAACUAUUUAAUUCACCAGGAGAGAACAUUUGUGAGCAGAAGGAAUUUAUACCUAUACUGGCAAAGUUAGACGAAUGCUUAGAAUAUAUGCAGAGCAAUCUUAGAUAUAGAGAUUCUGAACUAUAUCUUAUGAGGUUCAGACAAUGUAUGACAAGAGGAAUGGCUUUAAUUAAAAUGUACUUUAUUAGUGCAAUUAAAGGUCUCGGAUUGGAAAUAGCAAAAAAAAACAAUCAGUCGGCUUUAUUUUAUGUAAAAUUUAGAGCUAUAGCACCAAAGCUAAAAGAAUUGAUUAAUGAAGUUGAGGAAAGAUGUCCAGCACAUAGAGAAUAUUAUUCUUUGUUAAAUGAUUGCUAUAAUGCGUACUUUUCUGUACGACAACAGUUACUUAUUCCUGUAAUUUAUUCAAAAAUACAAGAAUUAGGUUUUACCAGUCAAGAUAUACUUUCUUUUUCUCGAAAUGGUUAUGCAUAUAUGUUAAACCUCUGCUCGGACGAGUAUUCAUUGUUUUAUAAUUUCUUCUCAACAGGCGAAGAUGAUUUAUAUGGGAAUUUAGAUUUGUUGUGUAGUUAUAUGUAUGAUUAUUUAAGGCCACGAAUUAUUCAUGAAACUAAUAUUGAAACAUUAUCUGAAUUGUGCACUAUACUUCAAGUGCACACCGAAAAAAGUGGAGAAUUGGAAGUCCAAAAAUUACAAUUUAGUUAUUUAAUUCGUAAUGUCCUUCAGGAUGCACAACAACGUCUUGUAUUUCGUGUACAAACUUUUAUUCGUAGUGAAAUACAAAACUUUGUUCCACAACCAUCUGAUUUGAAUUAUCCAAAUAAGUUAAAAGGCAUAAAUGGAGAAGUUGAAAAUAGCGAAAAUAUUACAACUCCUUCAGAUAAUUACCCUACAGGAUCUCCAUCUACAUCAUCAUCACCAGCUAUUUUAGCAGUUCAACAAGAUAAUGGAGAUAAUGAUUCUAUGAGAUCUUUUGUGUUAUCCACAAACGUUAUUGAUACAGGAGAUAUGUAUAAGGGAUGGUUCCCUACAUUACAACGAACAUUAUGGACUCUUUCAAAGCUUUAUCAAUGUGUUAAUGUAAAUUUUGUCUUAAGAAUUUUUUCACCUCAGGAAAUUGUGGAUUUAUGUUUGCAAUCUUUAUUAUCUGCGAGCGAGAUUAUAACUAAGGAGAAAAGACUUGAUGGACAACUUUUUUUGAUCAAACAUUUAUUAAUUCUAAAAGAUCAAAUUGCAUCUUUUGAUACACAAUUUGUGCACGAAGAGAAAGAUUUAGAUUUUUCAGAAAUAACUGUCGCACUAAGUGAAAUCUUGCAAAACAAGUAUUCAAUAUUGAGUCCAAAUACUUUAUUUGGUUUAGCUCAAAAAGGGAUUCCAAAAGUAGUUGAAAAUAGGGUCGAUUCGAAGCAAGAAGUUGAUAAAGAGUUGAAAAGGAUUUGUGAAGAAUUCAUAACGGAAAGUGCUCAGGCUGCUAUCGAACCUUUAUCGUCUUUUAUAUUGAAGGUAUCUGCAUUUAAAAUAAGAAAUAAUCUUAAACCAAUAAAUCAACAAACAUUAUUAAAGAAUCAAAAUUUUGCAAAACCAGCAAAAAUUGUUGAAGUUUACGAAUCAUUUCAAAAUUCUGUACAAGCUCAACUACGAUAUAUAAUUACAAAGAUGUCAGAAUAUCUUAAAGAUCGUAAAACCGAAUAUAUUUUAUUAAAACCGAUGCAGUAUGAAUUCGAUAUAUUUCCUAAACCAAUAGGAACAUUUGAAGAAGUUAAAGAGUGGGUGAAAGGUGAAUGGGUUUGGGUAGAUAUAGAAGAGACUAAUUAA